UAGACAGUGCGGGUGCAGGCCGAUCCUGACAGCAAAAUGCCACGUGAGACCAAUGGCCUGCUUCGCUGAUCGACACUCCUCGAUUCGCCUCGGAGCCCGCAAGAGUCAAUCGAUCUCUCUAGCUGUAGCAUGACGAGCUUCGCGCUGCCCCCACUGACAGUGUUGACCCAUUUCGCCCUGAGCCCGCGCAGUGGCAAUCUCCGGGACGAGGCGUCGACGCCAACGACACCCGCGGCCAGUACGCCCAAGUUCUCGCUAGCCUUCAUUUUAGAUGACAACAAAGCUCUAUUGUCGCCUAUAAGCGCCUGCGCCAGUCCGCAGUCCGUAACGCAGUCACCGUCGCCUAAACAGCAGCGUAGAAGCCCCAAGCGCAAGCUCACGGCCAAAGAGAAGCGCGCGGCGCGCCAGUGCUGCAUCGACGGAUGCACCAACUACACCAUUGACCGCGGUCUCUGCUUCCGCCACGGUGGAGGCAAGUCAUGCUCCAAACCCGGCUGCACAGCCAGCGCCAAGCACCGUGGACUCUGCUGGAAACAUGGCGGUUCCACACUCUGCACGGUGGAAGGCUGUACGCGCGGCGCCAAGUCGCGAGGCCUGUGCUGGUCGCACGGCGGCGGUACCAAGUGCUCGGUGACCAACUGCCAGAAGACGACCAUCUCGAAGGGUCUGUGCUGGACCCAUGGCGGGGGUAAGCGGUGCGCAUUCGACGGGUGCAAGCGACCAGCUUCACAAAGCAAGCAGAACUUCUGCGCGAAGCAUCAGCCCAAGAAGGCCAAACUGUCCGUAGCUCCGUAAAUGUUGUAAAUGAACUAGAUUAUUUAUGAGAGUUUGAGAGUAUCAGUCGUGCUGUCCUAAUACUUGUCGUCUUCAAACUAUCGAUAAUGAUCUUUCACUACCGUUAAAAUUCUAGUAGCUGAUGCUGUUGAGAGGCUGACAGUGGGCCCAUUGGUACCGUACC